AACUUGACUAUGGACUUAGUGCUACCUGUGUAUUUAAAGUGUGUUGUGGGUUUAAACAGCCAGCAGAUUUCAACCUUUAUCAGUUUGAAGUUUAUAACAUUAUUACUCACAAAACACUGUGUUUAUCUUCAUUCAACACUUAAUAUCUAGUUUUGAUAACACUCUUUGCAUUUCAUAAUAGGAGUCAAAAUAUUUGUGAAUUAUGAGACAACCUUUUAAACAGAGGACAGUUUAAACAAUCUUGAAAAUGGCAACUUCUGUAAAUUUAGUUUAUAAUAGUUCAGAUUUAGUGAAGGAUUAUUCGUGCAGCACUUGUGAAAGUAAAAAUUUUGAAACAAAUGCUGAAUAUUUUUGUGAAACUUGUUUGAAGUGUUUUUGCACAAAAUGCCUUUAUCAUCAUGAUCAAUUAUAUGUUAACCAUUUGAAAUAUGGAAGAGGAGAACCAAAUAAAUGGCCUCUAGCAAAAUCCAUUGAAGAUUUGCUACUUAAAUGUGAUAUUCAUAACAACAAGAAACUGAAAAUGUUCUGUCAGGACCACGGUCAGCUUUGCUGCUCUGAUUGUGUUUUACUGAAUCAUAGACAGUGCACUGAUCUGUCUCUUAUUUCUGAAUCAGUUAAAAAGCUGUCACUGGAUAUGCAGCAGUUGUCAAGCAAAAUUCAAGCAAUUCUUGCUGAACUAAAUAAGUUUAAGAAAAUACAAGAGGGCACUAUCCUGUCCGUAGAGGGAUCAUACAGUGAAAGACUUCAAGAAAUUAGAGAGAUGCGUAAAAAAUUAAAUGCUGCUUUGGAUAAACUAGAAAAUGCAACAUUGAAAGAACUGGAUGAAAUAAGAACAACAUUGGAAACCUCUCUAAAGAAAGAAGUUGACAACUGUAGCAGACUGAAGGACAAACUUGAACAACUUGGUGAAGCUGUACAGGGCCUUCAUGAUAAGAACAAGAAAGAAAUGGAGUUCAUAGCAAGCAGGAAAUGUCAGGACAAAAUACAAGAGUCUGAGUCAUAUUUAAGGGAGAAUCCUGUGAAGGUUCAGAGUUCGAUAAUAUUCAAGGCAAACAUAAACAUUGAGCAGCACCUGCCUCAACAGGCAAGUCUGGGGAGGAUUGAAGACAGUAUGAAGUCUAUCCCACUGGGGAUAAAUCCAGACAAGGUUUUGACUCUGAAGAGAAAGUCCCAGUAUAGUGUGAAAAUAGCAAAGGACAGAAGUCAGAAUUGCAUUGAAGGCAUUUGCAGUCUGCCUAGUGGUCAGGUUAUUGUUGCAGAUGGUUAUAAUGAGAGAGUGAAGCUGUUUGACAAGCAUUACAAUGUAUCAAGUUACUGUGAUGUGUCUAAUGCUCCAUCGGACAUUUGCCUUAUCACAUCCAGUGAGGUGGCUGUGACUCUUGGAGUUGCUGGUCUGCAGUUUAUGUCUGUGAGCAAUGGACAGCUGGUGAAUGGGAGGAAGCUAGAGUUACCACAUACAGCUGUAGGCAUUGCCCAUCAUAAGGGGGCGCUGUAUAUCACCUCUGGCACUGCUCUCUACCACUACACACUAACUGGGACACUUGUGAAAAAGAUCCACACGGAUUCAAGCGGUUACUGCACAGUGUGGAAGUGUGCAGUGAGUCCUGCUGGGGACAAGAUCUAUGUCACCAACUACGACCAGCACAAGCUCAUCACUCUGGCUACAGAUGGCACCCUGAUAUCCACCUUCACGGAUCCUGAACUACAAACACCUCAGGGUGUAAAUGUUACACCUUCAGGACAAGUCUUUAUCUGUGGAUGCAGAUCUAAUACCGUCAUACAGGUCGAUGGUGAGGGGGGAAAGAAACUGGCCACUCUGGCUUCACAGAAAGAUGGACUUGACCGCCCAUCGUCUGUCUGCUACAACACCAUCAGUCACCAGAUCAUUGUGGAAGUCAAUGAUAACAUCAUGGUUAUGGAUUUGCAAUAGCCUUUCCUGUCGCACAAAAUUAUAUAUAUAAUUGAAAUAUAGGAAGACAAGUAUAUACAAAACAAAUAAUUUCAUCCCAUCGUAUCUCAAAUUAUUGUAUAAAGGAAGGAAAACAAAAAAGUAACUUAACUAAUACAAAUGCAUGAAAAUUUUAUAAGUAAAAAAACACCAUUAUAACCAAAAACAGACCCUUGGUCCCUCACCUGAGACAUCUAGAAACUAACCUGUUAUGUGUAGAUUUUGUGGUGUUAUUUUAAUAACUGUAGUUUUUAUCUAUUUUGUUUUUCUCUGUUUGACAAACAGUUAAUGUGGUCUGAGACAGUAUAAGAAUAAAUUUAAGUUUGUUACUAUAAGCAUAUAAACAAAUAAAUCCCUGCAUAUAGAGUGGGGCCAAUUUUAACAACACAGGCAUCAUGCACUUGAAAUAACUUAGUAGAGGACCUGACUCACCAUCUGACACACUAAAUACUUCACCACUGACCUUUGCAGUUUCAGAGAAAUAUAAUUGUCAUUGUUUGAGUUUACCAAUUAGAAGAAAAUAAUUUUCCCAUAAUGCAAUGUAAUCAACACUUUGGCGCACUGAAAGUGUGCAGGAGAUGUGCUUGGCGGUUUUCCGUCAUUCAGCUUUGAACAGUCAGAUUGUAAAGACACGUUAAAUUUUGUGUUUGUUUUCUUUUUUGUAUUUCAUAAAUAUUGCAGUGUGAAUAAAUUUUCGAACUUAAAAUUUAAAUUCAAAGAAAGCUUUUUUUACUGAGCAUUUUAUUGGCUUAAACUGUAAAUCAUCCAUCCUCAAUCACCUGUAACUUGACUUUGAACACUUAAGAAGUUUGGGAUUGUUUUCCACUCUGUUCACAAUUGUUAGAUUUUUUUUGUUUAACAAAAAAUCUUCUCAAAGAGCAAACUAAUAUAGGCUCAAUAACCAAGAUGUUGCUGUUUCUUUAAGGAGAUUCAUUAAUGAAUAUAUUUAAAUAAACCCAUGAUCAUAACCUGAAGUAACUUUAGAUCACUUAAAACCUUAUUAUUUACGCUUGAUGUUGUUGAAUGAAAACCAGAAACAUCUUGCAACACUUUGGAGUGUGUUUUGUUGGUAGAACCUUUACCUUUACCUGUGUCCAUUAGAGACAAAAUAAAUCUUAAUUCAAUGAA